CUGGCUGAAUCAGCUGCUCGAAUCACAAUCUACGCACAAAUUGAGACUAAUUUUGGCUUUAAAACGAAAUAAGAGAUAUUUGAAGCGCACAAACGAUGAUUGUCUCACGCCUGGCAUUCCCCAUUACCCAUGCCCUGCAGCGGGUAACGCGCCGUGUGGCGGAACACCCUCACAACCUAAGGAUCCUGCAGCGCCACAUGUCCAGCGUGUACUUCCGCAGUGGAGCCAUUAAACCGAAGCCCGAGGAGAUGCCCUUCGGCCUGCUGGCCAUCUUCUGUGCCGUCAUACCGGGUCUCUUCGUGGGCGCCACCAUCAGCAAGAACGUGGCCAACUUCCUGGAGGAGAACGAUCUGUUCGUGCCCGCGGAUGACGACGACGACGAGGACUAGGCAUCCGGACACUUGACAAUCUUCAUGUGGGGGUGCCUCCUAGUCGGAAUAAAUGUGUUCGGUUGGAGCCCCACGUUGCCCCAAGCAGAGGAACCCAGCUCUCGGCCAUAUAUUUAUUCAUCCAUUAGCCUCCUUUUUCUACUCUUAAGAAUCUUGCAUUUUAUGUGUUUUGUGCUGUAUUCUUAAAGUCCCGCUUUAAUAUUUCAUCUAUCUGAAUGUUAACUAUGCUCGUUAAAUACUUGAAUGUGCUAGAAUUAAAUAAAGUUUAUUCGACUAU